AUGGCGGUCGACUGCCCCAUCUGCAACAAGCCCGUCAAGCCGACCGAAAUAAACAGCCACAUCGACUCGGGCUGCACGCUCUUCACGCUAGACAAGGAGCCUCGGCUGUCUUCGCCGCCGGCGUCGCAGGCCCGGGCCGGCGGGCCGACGCAGUCCUCGUCGUCGUCGUCGUCAUCGUCGCAGCAGCAGCCGAAGCGCAGCGCCUCGGCAUUCUUUUCCACCCCUGCUCGGAAAAAGAUGCACGGCGACGGCAAGGGCCCGGCGACGGCCGCGGCCAGCAGGUCGUUCCCGCCGGUGACCGGAAAGAAGCGGUCUUUCGAAGAGGGCCCCGGCGGGGAAAAGGACGACGGCAGCUCGGGCGCGAACCCGCGCGCCGCCCGCGAGGACGGGGAGGACGUGGAGGAUAACAAGGGCGCCGGCGCCGACGGCGUGCAGAGCGGCGGCCUGGCCGUCAAGCGGGCCAAGAAGCAGGCGUCGGUGCCGUUGGCGGAGCGGAUGCGGCCGAGGACGCUGGACCAGGUGUGCGGCCAGGACCUGGUGGGCGAGAACGGGGUGCUCCGGUCGCUGAUCGAGUCGGACCGGGUGCCGUCCAUGAUCCUGUGGGGCGCGUCGGGGACCGGCAAGACGACGAUUGCGCGGUGCGUAGCCGGCAUGGUGAGCGGGCGCUUCAUCGAGCUGAGCGCGACGAGCGCCGGGGUGGCCGAGUGCCGGCGGCUCUUCCAGGAGGCGGCCGACGAGCUCGGCCGCAGCGGCAGGCGCACCGUCGUCUUCUGCGACGAGAUCCACCGCUUCAGCAAGGCGCAGCAGGACGUGUUCCUGAAGCCGGUGGAGGCGGGCACCAUCACCCUGAUCGGGGCCACGACGGAGAACCCCUCGUUCAAGGUGGCCAGCGCGCUGCUGUCGAGGUGCCGCACCUUCACGCUCAAGCCGCUCAGCACCGGGGACGUUGUGGGCAUCCUGGCGCGGGCGCGGGCGGCCGAGGCGCCGGCGCACCCGCCCGCGCCGCUGCUCGACGACGAGAUGCUGGCGUACCUGGCGGCCUUUAGCGACGGCGACGCGCGCACGGCGCUCAACCUGCUCGAGCUGGCGCUGCCGCUGGCCUCGCGGGCGGGCGCGACGCGCGAGUCCGUCAAGGCGGCGCUGACCAAGACGCUCGUCUACGACCGCGGCGGCGACCAGCACUACGACUCCAUCUCGGCCUUCCACAAGUCGGUGCGCGGGGGCGACGCCGACGCCGCGCUGUACUACCUCGCGCGGAUGCUGCAGUCGGGCGAGGACCCGCUCUUCGUGGCCCGGCGCAUGGUCGUCAUCGCCUCCGAGGACGUCGGGCUCGCCGACAACUCCCUGCUGCCGCUCGCCACGGCCGCCUUCACCGCCGCCCAGCAGAUCGGCAUGCCCGAGGCCCGCGUGCCCCUGGCCCACUGCGCCAUCGCCCUGUGCCGCGCCCCCAAGAGCGUCCGCGCCUACCGCUCGCUCAACAACGCCUACGCGGCCCUGCGCGAGCCCGGCGUCGCGGCCCUGCCCAUCCCGCUGCACCUGCGCAACGCGCCCACCCGCCUGAUGCGCGACAUGGGAUGCGGCGCCGACUACAAGUACCCGCCCAACUACCGCGACGGGAGGGUCUCCCAGACCUACCUGCCCCCGGAGCUGGCAGGCCGGAGGUUUCUCGAGGACAGGGACCUGGGCACCGAGAUCGAUCCCGACGUGCAGAUGGAUGAGGGCUGA